CUUUCUCACCGGAGAGAAUUCGGUGCCGGACAAAUUCCGUUGACAUUGCUGAGGAGGAGGAGGUGGCGGGGAAAGGACUGGUGUUACCAAAGCGAAGGUUUUCCUGAAGCCAGCCGCUUCUAAUCUAGCUGUGAGACAGGGACACGGACACAGCCAUGUAUCGGCGGCCGCUGCAGUCUGCCGUCAGAAACCUUCUCAACCUAACAGCGACCAGAGCCGCCUACGGAAAGGUGCUGGAUCAAGAAGCCUGUUGUGUCAGAGCUUGCCAACUGGCCCGAGUCUCCCCUCCGUGUUUAAAGCCAUGUCGGACGCUGCACACCACGACACAGGUAACACGACGCACACGUUCGCACAAUAGGAGACUGAUUUCAGCUACACAGAUGUGGGGGCUGUCCGCAGCAGGCUGGAGAGGACGACUCAAUCACCUCUCCAAACUGAGCAGUCGUGGGAGAAGAGCCUUGGUGAGAGAGGUAAAGAAGAACCCAAAGAUCACUGUGGCUGAGCUCCAGAGAUGCAGUGGGGAGAUGGGAGAAAGUUCCACAAAGUCAACUAUCACUGCAGCCCUCCACCAGUCGGGGCUUUAUGGCAGAGUGGCCCGACGGAAGCCUCUCCUCAAGCCGGCACGGGAGGAAGAAGUCGGGGCCUUCACCAAACUCAUUGAGGCGAUGGGCUUCACCGGACCUCUCAAAUACAACAAAUGGAAAAUCAAGAUUGCUGCCUUGCGCAUGUACACAUGCUGCGUGGAGAGAGUCAAUUAUGACGAGUUCUUUGACAAGUGCUCCUCCCCUGACACACUCAACUCUUGGUUCUUGGUAGCACAGCUACAUGUGUGGAUGUGUUUGGUGCGGAUGCGUCAGGAGGGCCGAGAAGGGAAGUACAUGUGUCGUUACAUCGUCCACUCCAUGUGGGAGGAUGUGGAGCAGAGGAGCAAAAUUAUGGGGAUUGAUGCCAGCCAUAGGAAGGAAGGAAUGAAAGCCAUGACGGAGACGUUUUACGCGGCGAUAUUUGGAUACGAUGAGGUGAGAAAACUUGUUUUACACACUCGUACGGAAGCCAUCGAGAAGCUGAAUCCCUUUGGUUUUACUGUGUGUGUGUGUGUGUGUGUGUGUGUGUGUGUGUGUGUGUGUGUGUGUGUGUGUGUGUGUGCCGCCUGUGGGGAAUCCUGUCUAACUACUGCGCCGCCGGAAAAAAACAACAAGGUGACCCCCAAAGCGCGGGAACCCGGGUGGGCCGGGGGGGGGCCACCGGGCGAACGCAGCCUCAACGUGGCCGUUUUUGUCGUGUUGCAGAUGCAGUUCAUCGACGCCCUGGACGGGGAGGACCUGAUGCUGACCGGCGAGGUCAAGUGGCGCCCCCUGGUGGAGGAGAACGCUCAGAGCAUCCUGAAGGUGGCCACGCCCACCUACAACGACACGGGACUGUGAGGCGGACGCGGGACCCACUCGGCUCUCCUCUCCUCCAAAGUCCACUUCUUCUGACCUCUCCCUCCCCUCCCCGUCACCUUCUCGGUGUCUCUUUGGUCGUCUCUCAGACCUGUAAUCAUGUCCCGUCUUAGGGCCGCAGCCCACCAUGAUGUUCAUCGUCCAUUCAUCUCUGGAUUCUUUUCCUGGAUGAAUGGAGGCGUUGUUUGGUCUCUAAAAUGUCCUGAAAACAGAGAAAAAUGUAAAGCGGUGUUUCCCAAAGCCCAAGAUGAUGUAAUCCGUUCAGUUUACUGUCACGUUUGGAGUGAAGAAACUAGAAAAUAUUCACAUUUACCAAGCUAUCUAUGUCUAUAUCUCCUCUCUAUCAUAUUUUGAAUUGGACAUGAGAUCCGUUGCCGUAGCGUUCUCAUCCUCUCCUGUAUUUUCUUUUUUUUUUUCUCUCACAACUUCUUCCUCUCCUUCUUACCUUCAUCUUCUGUCUCUGGACGCUCAGUACAGGCAGGAUUAUGUUACAGACAGACAGACAGACAGACAGACAGACAGACAGACAGACAGACAGACAGACAGACAGACAGACAGACAGACAGACUGCUAUGGGCAAACCCACACACAGACACACACACACACACACACACACACCCUUUCUCGUACAUCAAUCAAUGAAACUAGCCGGUGUAAAACCAGGAGAUGGUGUGCGUCAUCUUCCUCCAUGGUUGGGUUUUGAGAGCCUCUGUCUCUUCCUCACUGUAAACUCUAAACUGUCGAGGGAAAAAGAUCACAAAAAGUAAAAAAAAAAAACAAGACUGUAUUUAUAUUUUUCUGUUUUUUUUUUUUCACGAAUGCAACACUCUCUGUAUUUAUAAAAUAUUUUCUAUAAGCCUCCAUGUUUACACUCUUCCGCUGCUGAGACUUCUGUCACUGUGCGUUAAAUAAAGUUUCUCUUUGAAUAAGUGAGGUCAGGUGACAUGAACAAUAAUGGUUCUAAGAAACAGAUCUCUCUCCGUCAGCAGUCUGUAGUUACAAUACCUCCGUACGUGGCUCUCUCCUCCCAUGAUGCUCUCAGACCCAAACAGGAAGCUGAGCUCGGAUUCAUCACUGCGUCACAAAAACAAAUGGGAUUUAUUUUCUUCUGUUUUUAAAAAGUGAAUUAAUAAAAUGUUAACUAGA